UUACAAUCAUUAAUGAUUUACUAUGUUGACAGGUUCACGGCGGCAGUGGGCAGGCCAGGUCAAGCGAGGGAGGCACGAGAAGCGGUACGUAACGCGAUGAGCACUGUCAAUCCUACGCGUAAGGCACCACGAGCAAAUCCGUUGGAUUACGAGAAAUUUAUUGGGGAGAAGAGUGCGCAGUUGGAGAAUGACACUCAUCGUGAAUUGGUGUUAUUCCCUCGCGAUGAUAUCGCUGUUCGUUCUUUUAUUCGCAUUAUGUAA